AUGACCAGAAAGAUUAAGGUCGCAGCCGCCCAAGUCGGUGCCGUCCACCGCAACGCAAUCAAACAAGACACAGUCCACCGACUCAUCAACCUCCUCAGCUCAGCAGCAGAAAAGAAAGUCCAACUCGUCGUCUUCCCCGAAUGCACCUUAACAACAUUCUUCCCGCGCCACCUCUUUGAAACUCAAGAAGAACUGGACAAGUACUUCGAGCACGGCGCCGACAUCGCGCAAUCAUCCGACGUCAAACCACUCUUCGACGAAGCGAAGCGUCUUACGAUCGACAUCGUACUUGGCUACGCUGAACGAACGCCGGAAGGGACUGGAUACAACACUUCCGUUUACUUCUCUGCAGCUGCCGGCGAGGUCAUAGGCAAGUACCGUAAAGUGCAUCUCCCUGGCAGAGUGGAACCAUUCGAGGACCCGGAGGCGACGAAUCAGUUGGAGAAGCGAUAUUUCACGCCUGGAGAUCUUGGGUUCCCGGCUUUUCGGGCGUCGGGUUUGGUGGAUGAUGCGGUGAAGAAGGCGACUGCGAAGGAAGGCGAGAGCACGGUUGGCAGAGGUGAUCCGAUAUUCGGUAUGCUCAUUUGCAAUGAUAGAAGAUGGCCGGAGGCCUGGAGGACGUAUUCGUUGCAGGGCGCUGAGCUGUUGAUGUUCGGCUACAACACCGGCGGCAACAUGUCGCACCUCUGGGGCUCGAAACCCAUGUCACCCGAGCAGGCGCGGGCAGAAGCAUUGUUCCAUUCGAAGCUAGUACAAACAGCGAACAGCUACAUGAACGCCUGCUUCUCCAUCUCCGCGGCUCGCUGUGGGCUGGACGACGGGAAGUACGACUUGAUCGGCGGCAGCGCCAUUUGCUCGCCUGAAGGCCAUGUCGUUGCUGAAGCCGAGACCGAUGAGGAUGAGUUGGUGGUGGCGGAGAUUGAUUUGGCGGAGUGUCGACAGGGGAAGGAGAAGACGUUUGAUUAUGCGCGGCAUAGGAGGAUUGAGACUUAUGGGUUGAUUGGGAAGCAGACGGGGGUGGUGGAGCCGGAUCUGCUCUGA